UUUAAGCUUUUCUUCUGGAUGGCAUUGUUUAAUGUGGACUCAACUAUGUGACCUGGACAAAUUUCCAUUAAAGAAAAUGAUAGGAACCUCAAGGGGUGGACACACAGAUCCCAAGAGUUCCCUUCAUUUUUUUCUACAUAGUGUUCACUUGCUAAUUUAGAAAAUAGCUCAAUUUCUCCAGUGUAUUAAGCUUGUGCUUCUUUUUAAACAUGCACAUACACACAUACAUAUGUACAUAUGAUUAUUUUAAAGAAUUUGGAAAAUGGGAAGUUACAGAGAGCAAAAUAAACUCCUGCCACCCAAAUACAACCAUUGCCAAUAUAUUGAUCGAUUUCCUUCUAACACAUUUCAUGUGUACAGUAUACAUUAUUUUCAAGAUCAGAAUCUCAAAGCAUUUAUCAUUUCAUAUUUUAUGUUUUCACUAAAAUUUAUAGCUAUUAUAUAAUUAAUUUUUCCUUGGUUAAAAAUUCCUGAAUAUUACAUAUUUCCACAAAAGUGUUUAAAAUAUAGACAUACAGUUUAAGAAUUAUAAAGGAAAACACUAUAUAAUAAAAACUUGUGUCAGCCCUCCAGAAGCCUCUGUUCUUCCUGUCCCCAGAAUAAACUUAUUCUCUUCACCUCUUUAGGUAACCCUUAUUCUGACUUUGGUGAAUAAUGUAUUUUCUUGUUGUGUUUCAAAAAAAAAAAAUCAAACAAUUUAUCAUAUAUUUAAACAUCCAUAAGUAAUAUAGUUGUGUCUUUUAUAGAAAUUAAAUUGUUCUGGGUAAUAUUGUUUUGAGUCUUGUUUUUUUACCACAAUAUUGCAUUUUUUAGACUUAUCCUUAUUGUUAUAAACCCCAGUUAUAUAUUUGGACAUUUGUUUUUUCUUGUUUUGGGUUCACUUAAAAGAGUUGCUCUAAACAUUUUUAAAAAAGAUUUUAUUUAUUUGACAGAGACCACAAGUAGGCAGAGAGGCAGUCAGAGUGUGGGGGGGAAGUAGGCUCCCCACUGAGCAGAGAACCUGAUGCAGGGCUGGAUCCCAGCACCCUGAUGUGUCCUAUCCAUACGAUGGAAUAUUAUUCAGCAAUAAAAGGGAAUGAAGUUCUGGUAACACACCACAAUAUGGAUAUACCUUGAAAACAUAAUAAAUGAAAAAAAUCUAGUCACAAAAGGCCACAUAUCAUAUGAUUCCAUUUAUAUGAAAUGCUAUACAAGUCAAUAGAGGCAGAAAAUAGAUUUGUGUCUGCUUAGGGCUGAGGGAGGAGGGGAAAAAGGAGAUUGCCUGUUAAUGGGCUUUCUUUUGUAGAAGUGAAAAUGUUCUAAAAUUAGAUCAUAUGGAUAUAGUAAAAAAAAAAUAGAAUUUAUGUAUUUUAAGUGAUUGACUUAGAUAACAUGCAAAGUAUAUCUCAGUAAAGCUAUUUAAACAAAAAUCAAAGCUAACCUAAAAUUAGUGGAGGAGAAUCUAGAUAAAACCACGUUGGCCAUGACCUGAUAAUUAUUGAAGCUAGUACAUGGAGGAUUUUCAUACUGUUUAAACUCUACUUUUGAGUGUGUUUGCAGAUUUCUGUCAUUAAAGGGUUAAAGAAAAAUAGAACUAACCUAAUGCCCAAUGAAGCUAAUAUGUAAUACUAGAAGCAUUCACAGUAAAAUCAGGGAGAAGGCACUAUCAAAAGUAUUAUUUAAUCUUUUUUUCCCCCACUAAAUCCAUUAGAAAACCAGUACUCCAUAGGAAACAACUGCUUUAUUUUUUCCCCAUAACUUCUAUUAAGCUUCUCUGGGCCAGUUAAUUUCCUGCCUCUGGAUAAGUCUUUCAGUCACAGUUGAAAAAUAAACAUUCCUCUGGUUCCUUUCAGUCACAAAAUUGGUCUAAUUUUAGUAAUUAGGAUGUCUGUUUCACUGUACUAAUUUAUGCCAUAAAUUUUAGUUUUUAAAAAAAAGUUAUAAAAGUUACACCUUGUUUUAUGUGGCAAAAACAUAUAGGCAAAGUUGUUGCUGUUGUUAUUAUUAUAAUUAUUAUUUUAGAAAAACUGAACUGUAGGGUAAGAAUGAGGAGUGCCUCUGUGUAUGGCUGAGGUGAGGAGUUCUGGGGGGAUGGGAGUUCACAGACUGUCUUGGGCUUGAGAAGAGAGAAGACUUCAUUAGGGAAGUCUUAGUCCUUCUGAUAAGAGCAUACUGGGUUCCUGAACAAAGGGUACCAUUUGGGUGAAUUUGCUUGAGGACCUGAGUGAGGACCACAGAGGAGGGAUCUCCUUAGGCCGGUCAAAGCAGCUAUGUCUUGGGUUCACUGAAGUGGGACAAGGUCUGGCCUGAAUCACUUGGCUGACGCAAGAACCUGGAUUAAUCAGAUGAAGGAGAGGGAAUAGGAGUCUGUAUUCCUUGGAAUCCACUAGUCAGGAUCCAUUUCUCUAGAGCUAAGGCCUUGGACUUCUGGGGUUGAAGAAGUAGGAUUUAUCCCAUACUCCCACUGACCACAGUUAUGUCAUAAUACCUGGAGUGAUCAGCUGAAAGCCAGUGUGGUUUUCUAGAACAUUUCUUUGCUUCCCCAGUCUGCUUUCUCAGAAUACUAUCCUUUCUCAGGAAAACAGCCCCAAGAAGGAUUCAUCCUCUCCUGAAUACUGAAAGCCAUGGCCCAGGUGUACAAUAUAGUGAUUCAGCAAUUCCAUAUAUUACUCAGUGCUCAUCAAGAUAAGUGUACUCUUAAUCCCCUUCAUUUAUUCCACCCAUCCCCCAACAACCUCCGCUCUAGUAACCAUUUGUUUUUUCUCUGUGGUUUAUAGUCUUUUUUUUUUUCUUUUCUCUUCUUCUUCUUCUUUUUUUUUUUGGUCUCUCUCUUUUUUUCCUUUGUUGGUUUGUUUCAUUUUUAAAAUUUGACAUAUGAAUUAAAUUAUAUGGUAUUUGUCUUUUUCUCUGACUUGCUUAUUUUCCUUAGAUCCAUCCAUGUUGUUGCAAUGGCAAGAUUUCAUUCUUUUUAUGGCUGAGUAAUAUCCCAUUGUCUAUAUAAAUACCAUACCUUGUCCCUUCACCUAUCAAUGGACAUUGAGGUUGCUUCUAUAAUUUGGGUAUUGUAAGUAAUGCUGCCAUAUAAACAUAGGGGUGCAUGUAUCCCUUUGAGUUAAUAUUUUGUAUUCAGUAAUGCAAUGACUGGAUCAUAGAGUAGUUAUAUUUUUAGUUUUUUGAGGAACUUCCAUACUGUCUUCCACAGUGGCCAUACCAGUUUGAAUUCCCACCCUAGCGCAAGAGGGUUCAUGUUCUCCAUGUCCUCACCAACACCUGUUGUUUCUUGUGUUGUUGAUUUUAGCCAUUCUGACAGGUGUGAGGUGAUAUCUCAUUGUGGUUUUGAUUUACAUUUCCUGAUGAACAGUGAUGUUGAGCAUCUUCUCAUGUAUCUGUUGGCCAUCUGUAUGUCUUCCUUGGAGGAAUGUCUGUUCAUGUCUUUUGCCCAUUUUUAAAAAUUGGAUUGUUUUUAGGAUGUUGAUUUGUAUCAGUUUUUUAUAUAUUUUGGAUAUUAACCCUUUGUCGGAUAUGUCACUUGCAAAUAUCUUCUCUCAUUCUAUAGGUUGCCUUUGCAAACUUUGUUGAUUGUUUCCUUUGCUAUGCAGAAACUUCUUAUUUUCACGUAGUCCCAAUAGUUUACUUUUUCUUUUAUUUCCCUUGUCUCUGGAGACAUAUCUAGAAAGAUGUUACAGCUGAUACCAGAGAAGUUACUGCCUGUGGUCUCUCCUAGGAUUUUUAUGAUUUUAGGUCUCAUGUUUAGGUCUUUAAUUCAGUUUGUUUUUGUAUAUGGUGUAAGAAAGUGGUCCAGUUUCAUUCUUUUGCAUGUCGCUAUUGAGUUUUCCCAACACCGUUUGUUGAAGAGACUGUCUUUUCCCCAUUGUAUAUUCUUUCCUCUCUUGUCAAAGAUUAAUUGGCCACACAAUUGUGGUUUUGUUUCUGGGCUUUCUGUUCUGUUCCAUUUGUCUAUGUGUCUAUUUUUGUGCCCGUUCCAUACUGUUUUGAUUAUUACAACUUUAUAAUUUAACUUGAAGCCUGAAAUUGUGAUAACUCCAGUUUUGUUAUUUUUUCAAGAUUGCUUUGGCUAUUCCAGUCUUUUGUGGUUCCAUACAAACUUUAGGAGUGUUUGCUUUAGUUCUGUGAAAAAUGCUGUUGGUAUUUUGAUACGGAUUGCAUUAAAUCUGUAGAUUGCUUUGGAUCCUACAGACAUUUUAAUGGUAUUUGUUCUCCCAGUCCAUGAGUAUGGAAUAUCUCCAUUUAUUUAUUUAUUAUUCAUCUGCAAUUUCUUUCAUCAGUGUUUUAUAGUUUCCAGAGCAUAGGUCUUUUGCAACUUUGGUUAAAUUUAUUCAUAGAUUUUCUUUAAGAUUUUAUUUUUGGAUGUAUUCUCUACAGCCAACAUGGGGCUCAGACUUAAAACCCCAAGAUCAGGAGUCACAUGCUCUACCAACAGAGCCAGCCAGGCAUCAGUGAUGUUCAGUGAUGUGUCUGUAGACUUCUCACAGGAGGAGUGGGAGUGCCUGGACCCUGGUCAGAGGGACUUGUACAGAGAUGUGAUGUUGGAGAACUAUAGCAAUCUGCUGUCAAUGGGACUUUACAUUCCUAAACCUCAAGUUAUCUCCUUAUUGGAACAAGGAAAAGAGCCCUGGAUGGUUGGCAGAGAGCUGACAAGAGGCCUGUGUUCAGAUCUGGAAUCAAUGUGUGAAACCAAGUUACUGUCUCUGAAGAAGGAAGUUUAUGAAAUAGAGUCAUGCCAGAGGGAGAUAAUGGGACUUACAAAGCAUGGCUUUGAGUACUCCAGUUUUAGAGACAUUUUGGAAUAUAGAAACCACUUUGAAAAACAACUGGGAUAUCAAAGUGGGCAUUUCAGCCAAGAAAUACUCACUCAUGAAUACAUGCCCACAUUUAUUCAACAGACAUUCUUUACUCUACAUCAAAUAAUUAAUAAUGAAGAGAAACCCUAUGAAUGUAAGAAAUGUGGAAAGGUCUUUAGUCAGAAUUCACAAUUUAUUCAACAUCAAAGAAUUCAUAUUGGUGAAAAAUCUUAUGAAUGCAAGGAGUGUGGGAAAUUCUUUAGUUGUGGCUCCCAUGUUACUCGACAUCUGAAAAUUCACACUGGUGAAAAACCCUUUGAAUGUAAGGAAUGUGGCAAGGCUUUCAGUUGUAGCUCAUACCUUUCUCAACAUCAGAGAAUUCAUACUGGUAAGAAGCCCUAUGAAUGUAAGGAAUGUGGGAAAGCCUUUAGCUAUUGCUCAAAUCUUAUUGACCAUCAGAGAAUUCACACUGGUGAAAAACCCUAUGAAUGUAAAGUAUGUGGGAAAGCCUUUACUAAGAGCUCACAACUUUUUCAACAUGUGAGAAUUCAUACAGGUGAGAAGCCCUAUGAAUGUAAAGAAUGUGGCAAAGCUUUCACUCAGAGCUCAAAGCUUGUUCAGCAUCAGAGAAUUCAUACUGGUGAAAAACCCUAUGAGUGCAAGGAAUGUGGCAAGGCCUUUAGUAGUGGCUCGGCGCUUACUAAUCAUCAGAGAAUUCACACUGGGGAGAAACCCUAUGAUUGUAAGGAAUGUGGGAAAGCUUUUACCCAGAGCUCACAACUUCGUCAACAUCAGAGAAUUCACGCUGGUGAGAAACCCUUUGAAUGUCUUGAAUGUGGGAAGGCCUUUACUCAGAACUCACAACUUUUUCAACAUCAGAGAAUUCAUACAGAUGAAAAACCAUAUGAAUGUAGUGAAUGUGGAAAGGCCUUUAAUAAAUGCUCAAAUCUUACGCGACAUCUGAGAAUUCACACUGGUGAAAAGCCCUAUAACUGUAAGGAAUGUGGAAAGGCAUUUAGUAGUGGCUCAGAUCUCAUUCGUCAUCAGGGAACUCAUACUGAUGAAUAAUAAAAGUUAAAGCUCUUGUUACCUAACUGAUAUUUUAAACAAACAAACAAAAAAAAUCAUGUUUGGUAGUUACACUUUCACUAUUUUUUGUUUUUAAAUUUUAUUUCGUAUUUCUUUUUAAUUCAAAUGUAUUUCAGUCUAAGUUAUGAAUUAAGAUUCUAAAUUGACAUUUGCCCAUCCCAUGUCCCCCAAUCUUGUACUAAGGACAGUUGUUCAGUAAUUAUUUUCUUGCCCCUUAUUUUAUUUUACCUUCUUGGUGAGACAUUCUUGUUUAUAUUUGCUUGAAUUUAUUUUUCUUCUCUGAUCUAUGUGUUUGUGCUUACACCAAUAUCAUGCUGUUUAAAAUUGUGUGACCUUGUAUUUUUUAAUUGUAGAAUUACAACCUUGUUUUUGAAGUCAGUAUUAAUCUUUCAUUUCAUUUCACAAAUGAAAGAUUCUGAAUCUUUCAUUUCACAAAUUUGUAUUUUCUUACAUAAAAUGGAAAAUCAGAAAACCAGCAACUAAAAACCAAGAUUAACAGUAAUCAUAGCAACUAUCAAUGGCUACUCUGUAAAGAUGAUAGAGCAAACCUCCCAGAUUCUGUUUUUAAAAUCAUGGUAUGCAUGCGUGUUAUCCCUUCACUUGUUUUUAUAUCAUGCCAAAAAAUAUGGUUGCCAUUUUAUUAAAUACAGAUUUUUUAAAUGAGUUAUAUAUACUUAAUUACUUUUCAAAGUGACUUUAUUACUCGUGUUCUAUUUGCAUCUAAAUGUUUGCAGUUAUGAAGUAUGCCCUGAUUUUUGACCUUUGAAUCUUUCUUUUAAAACACCUAUUUCAAUCGCUGAAAUUAUGCACAUUUUCUCCCUGUAAACUAUUUUGUUCCUUUUUAUCCACCCCAAUCUCAUGCUAGAAAGGUAAUUAACCAGUUAUCAAUGUGUUUACAUCUAGUUUUUGUCUUUACUUUUCACUUUUAUAUGUUAGUGGCAUUUUAUUUCUUAUGUAUUAUUAAAGAUAAUCAUGCUGUAUGUGUGGGUUUGUUGUGAGGAUUCAAUGAAUUAAUAAAUGUAAAGUGCUUAGAACUA